AUGGAAUGGGCAAAGCAAAAGCCUUGCACGAAAACUCAAAUUUCCGAAAACUUUACUGGAUGUUUGCAAUCCAGAAAGCAACAAUUCACCUUGCCUUCGAGCUCCAUCACUCCCCCACACGACCGACGACAACUGGCCUUGAAUUUGCAAAAAGCAAUCUCUCCAGCUGCCGCCUCGGGCGAGAAAAACGGAAAGGUCUCCACGGUGCGGUUGAUGUUGGAUCCAGCGCUGCGACCGCUCCUUCUUUCGUCCAAGCUUCUUCCGUCGAGGAAAGACCGCCUCAACACCGAACCACUUGAUCUACUUCAUGUCUUCAACAGUGCCAUCAACGAAACAGCAGAAACAGAGGGAGCGAUCGCACCCGAACCAAGCGAACCAGAACAGUCUCCUUUUCUUACUUUACGGCCCCAAUCGUUCCUUACAAUCCAACCAACCAUGGCUCAAGGAGCAAAUCCACCAACUCCACCAGCUGGACCCACACCACCAUCUGGGGCGACAGCACCAACAAGUGGCGUGCUCUUCAGCCCAACAACUCCAACUCUUGUACAAGAUAUUCUUCUCGAUCGGAUACCCUUGCCACUCCAUGAACAACUUUGUCCAUAG